CACUGGAUAGUGGAUGCCAUCACCCUGGCUUAUCAGGCACAGGGUGUGGCCUGCCCAUUCCAAGUAGGGCUCGCUGCAGCCUGUGGUGGACAUCCAACCCCGCCCACAUCCAAGCGUGAUGUCAGAAACCACACCCACAUCCAUAGACGUCACAUAUCCAACCCUGCCCACCCGGAUGUGCCAUCAUAAACCACGCCUAUAUCCGUCUACUUCGCGUUCUCAUUAAAUUUCAAACAAGAAGAAGCGUCGAGAAGACUAGAAGGUACGUUGAAGAAGUUUGUGUUGUUUUUAAUCGGUAAAAGAAGGAAAUAUUGUUUUGCAAUCGCCAGAAAGAAGAAGAAGUUGUUGUUUUCCGUGUUUGCCAGUCGCCCAGAAGAGUAAGAAGUUAUUUGCCAUGGCUCAUCCUACACAUCUGCAGUCCAAACCUGAUCCAGAACAGUUCUGCCGGGAUGGGGGGUUUGAAUGUCCCUGCUGCAGUUUCACCACUGAAGAGAAGUUCUCUUUUACACUUCACCUAGAGAACCACAUAAGUCAUGCAGUGGAGCAUGGAGGUUACUUCAUCUUAAAAUGCAAUAAACAGUGCAGGACCACAGCCCAUUUUCACUGUCUUUACUGCAGCCAGACAGUAAUAUGCAAGGACCAAUACAUAAGGCAUGUUUCCCAGUGCUUGAAGACAGAAGAAUUUGCAGCACCACCUCCACCUCCCUCUGUAGCUGCAUUUCCGACACCACCACCCCCAGCUACUUCUGUUUCAAUGCCUCCCGUCUCUACCCCCCUUUCCUCUGAUCCUGGCACCUUUGCACCACCCCCCCAUCCCACUCCCUCAAAUUGUGGACUGACACUUAACAGGAGAAAUGUAAAGCUGCAUAUUCUGAGACAACAUCACCCAAAAAAAAUGGCCGUUACCGCCCAGAACCAUCUUAAGUCACAGUGUGUGGAUUAUACAAAUGGUGUAUAUGCGGUAGCAAAAUCAUUUUCAACACCCAGCACUCCGAUCCAUGUCAUCAAAAAGACGUGGGGCUCUGAACGUAGGACAUCAUGUGACCUUGACAUCUGCAGGAUCAACACAGAAUUUGCUAAACAGUCAAACAUCCGUUCCUAUGAAUGUCAUCACCUUCAGGCGCUUGCAUACUGCCCACCAGCUGAAAGGGAUAUUCCCUUGCUGAUAGAGCAAGUUUUACAGACCAUGGUCGACGACCUUUGGUUUGGGGAGGACAAGAAGGAGAGAUGUUUGGCACAGCAGAAAAAGGGAAUUAAUGCAGGGGCCCCUCUCUCCUCCCUAGUGACCGUUUGUGGACCCAGCUACAAAAAGUACAUUUCUGUGUUUGAGCCCACCAUUUCAUACUACAGCAGGCUUGGUCACGUCAUAGUUACAUAUGAUGCCAACACCAAUUCUUGGCAUUGUCCUUGUGCCAGACCAAGGCAGUCAUGCCUUCACAAAUAUGUUGCAAAGUGGCACCUGUUUGAAGUUGAUCGGGAACUCUUCCGGAAAACCAGAAGUGUGUGGAGGAGGACAGCAUCACACAACAUUUUCCCACCGAUGUGGAAGGUUUUGAGGAAGAGGAAGGAAUCCGAUACCCACUUGAAGGCCAGAAUCUAUCUCAAAUGGUUAAAUACAUUUAUGAAAAAAAAAAUAAUAAUAAUGCCUGCUGUGAUUCCCUCCGAUGUGGUAAACACAAGUAAUUUUCCUCUGAGCUUCACACCAUCUGAAGCCUUCUGCACUGAAUGUUCAGAGGUCACUCCACUAAGUGACCCAGUGAUUAUCACUUCAAAAGCCAGAAUCGUGACGAUGACCAAUGUCAUAGAAGGAAUUUCAAUGUACAGCAAAGAGUGCUUCAGAUGUGGCAUGGUGUAUCGGUAUCAGGAGUGGAGUGAUGGGAUUCAUAAUUUUGAUGAUCACAUACUUUUAUCGAUACACUUGUGCCAUUUUCUGCACAACAGUCUCCAGACUCACCAGGCUGUGGGUAGUGCAAAUGAGGUCUUGGAGAGGACCUCAGGUAAAGCCUUCCCUUCAAAAAAAAGGAUCCUGCAGGCCUACUUAAGCUUUGAGGCACCAUCCGACCACACCUACACAUUCUCAUGCGUAACCUGUGGUUAUUACCCAGUGUCCGUAGUUAUGGACCUUCAUAAGAAGGGUGUUUUUAGUAUGCCUGUUAGCAGCAUUGAGGAACCACCAGAGGAUUUUGAUGGGCAUGUGAAUGCUGAAAACUUCUGGGAGCUGGUUUCUCUGGAAAUUAUCAGCCGUGGGUUAGUUCCAAGCAAUAAGGCAAACCCAUUUGUGGUCCGUCCGAGCUACCAUAACUGGGCUCCAUGGAUUGGUCCUCACACAAGAAGCGGGGAUCUUCUUCUCAAUAAAGAAUAUGAGAAGGUGCAUUCCCCUUAUAGUGCAAAGGAGGAAUCAGAGUUUACAGUGACGGAGGACCAGCUGACAGACGAGCUUCUAUAGCCAGCUUGUACAGAAACUGUGAUGGCUGAAGAUGACAGUGAUGAGAAGAGUGAAGAGGAACUGAAGAGGAAGUUCAUAAGGGACAUUGGUGUAGCAUGGUGCUGGGUUCAGAGCCACCAUGAGCUGUUCCAUGGAGAGGUGACAGACCCUGAAUUUUUCCAGAUGGACGAAGAAAAACAGUCUAAUAUAAUCAAAGACUACCUGAAGGAGAGACUGAGAAAGCAAGGGAUGCCUGUGUGUUUGUCUUUGACAGUCGCGAGGAUGGAAACAUUCUUAUUAAAAUGUGUUGAUGAACAGGGGCUGAAAGUCAAUGCCAUGUUCUGGGUUUAAUUUAAUUUAUAAUAAUUUAUUUACUCUACAUUGUUGAAUAUUAUUGUUUUGUGAAAUAAAUAUAACAAUACCCAGUGAAACAAGGGAUGUCUUUUUA